AUGGACGACCUCUCAGGCCUGGACUGGUCCUCCAGCAGCUCGACGAACAAGCAAAACCCCCCCAAACCGACCCUCGCCGCCCAAUCAGCGGCCUUUGGUGCCGCCUCGUCCUACGCAUCGCUACGACCAACACCGCCACCCGGCGUGGGCUCGGGUUCGGGCCGCAACACACCCCUAUCAAAUCUCUCGGCGCAAGGAUCCGGAGCAUCAGCUGGCGUGGGUGCCCGGCAGCUGCCCUCGGCGGCUCAGAAGCCCGGCCAGGACAGCUUCAGCGGCCUGAUCAACUUCGGCGCCAACAAGAACCCGGCGAACCUCAGCUUGCGCGAGCAGCAGGAGCGCCUUGACGCGGAGAAGCGACGCAAAGAGGAUGAGAAGCGCAAGCAGACACAGGCCAACUAUGGCGACGGGCAGUUCUUUGACAUCCUGGGCCGUGGCGGCAGCGGCUCGGCGGGCACGUCGCGCACAGGAUCGCCUGCGCUGGCACCACCACCGGCCCCGAUCUCGCGGGGUGCCUCUCCUUUAAAUGGUGGCAGCAGCGGCGACGAUGACCUGUUUGCGGCGUUCAAUGCCGACACCAAAGUUGACCAGGCCAGCCACUUUCCACCGCCAGCCGCCAACCCAUCGGGCAAGUCGACCCCUACGCCCGCUCUUGACCUCAGCAACCCCAGCGCCUGGGGCAAGCCGCCGAUAGCGAGCAACGGCACCGGCACCGGAACCGGCACCGCGACACAAAAUACUUUGACGUUGGACGACGACGAUCCGUUUGGACUGAAUCAGCUGCAGGCACGGACGACUGCCCCACCUCCUGCACCGGCGCCGACUUCGGGCGGGGGUGUCGACGACGACGAUGAUUUCCUCGGCGAUCUGGCCAAACCCGUGGACGAAGUGCGGCGGAAGACGGAGGCACAGCGGUGGCAAGAGGCGCAGCAACAGCGGCGACAGAGAGAGCCAGAGCCGGGCAAGCCUAUUGAACCUUCCGACUCCGACUCCGACUCUGACUCAGACGUCGGCGGCGGCGGCGGCGGCUUUACAAAGACGGGCGACCCCAAGUUCGACAACGCCGUAGCACAGCUGGUGGAUUACGGGUUUAGUGCCGAGGAUGCACAAAGGGGCCUCACUGGGAGCGGGCGGGGCUAUGACGUGCAAGCGGCCGUGAACUGGCUGCUGGACGACGCACAUCGGCAAGCCAAGGAGAAGGCCGGUGUGAAGCAAGGUGGUGGCCGUGGUGGUGCGGAUCAGCUGCGGGCCGAGGAGGGCGCCAGCCGCACUUCGAGCCGCAGUCGGAACCAAGGCGGCCCGGCGUGGAUGCGCGACGCCGAGGUGGGUGGCCACUCUGGCACGGGCGACGGCCGGUCGCAUGCUGCUUCUGUCGAUGGCGACUUUGCCAAGACCGCCGCGGCCAUGGGAACAAACUUCCUCAAGACGGCCAACUCCUUGUGGAAGACGGGCCAGAAGCAGCUGCAAAAGGCCGUGCAGGACUUCCAACAAGAGGGUGACCCCACCCAGCCCAAGUGGAUGCGGUCUGCGGGCCAGGAGCACAUGGGCGCACCACACGAUGGGGGCGACGCGCGGCGGCGGCAUACUGGGACGGCUGCAUCGGCCGCCUCGGCCACCGACGAGGCCAUGAUGCUCGAGUCGGGCGCACGGCCCGAGCGGAGACAGCACAGCUCACGGCCCCCAGCAGCUGGCGCAUCCCUGUCCGAGCAGCCACGGUACCGUAACGAGAGCCCGUCGUCCCGGACACAGUCGCCUGCUGGUGGGUUCGCUUCAGGGCCACCAAGCCGGAACAGCCCUGUUCCUCGUUGGCAGCAGCAGAACGCUAGUGCUUCUGACCCGCGAGCACGGCUCACCAAGCAAGCGGUUGAAGAAGAGAGCGCACAAGUCUACGUCAGCCCUGCUCGGCGACGGAAGGCGGCGACGGCGUCUCCGGCCCCUGAGCCCGCCAGCAAACACGUCGACGCCCCGCCCGAAGGCGACCUGCUGUCCAACUCGACUGCUCUGCCACAACGGCCAGCAGCAUCCCAACAACGGCCCGCGGGCACGGGCGCGGGCGCGGGCGCGGGCGCUUCUGGCCGCCCAACGCCGCGCGCCACGCCGAGCCCACGGCCACCCAAGGUCGCGCGCCAGGUGCCGGCCGUCAACUCGUUCGUCCUCCAGGCAUCGGCCAAGCACCGUGCCGACGGAGCGGCCCACUUCAAGCGGGGAGACUACGCGGCAGCACAUGCAUCCUACGCGGCGUCGUUGACCGACAUUCCGCCGUCGCACCCGCUGCUGGUGGUGCUGUACUGCAACCGCGCGCUGACGGCACUCAAGACGGGCGAGCCGCGGCAGGCCGCGGCCGACGCCGACUCUGCGCUGGCCGUCAUUGGCCCCGGCAAGGGCGAGGGCGAGUCGGUCAGCCUCGAAGACGGCACGGGCGCCACGCGUGACCUGCGCGACCUGUACGGCAAAGCCAUGACGCGCAAGGCGGAGGCGCUGGAGCAGAUGGAGAAGUGGGGCGAGGCCGGGCAGGUGUGGCAGCAGUGCGUGGAGAGCGGCGUGGGCGGUGCGACGGCGAUUGCGGGACGGCAACGGUGCCAGACGGCGCUGGCGCCCAAGCCCAAGCCAACUCACAAAGCGGCGGCAGCCGCUGCCGCCUCUGCUGUGUCGCGGCCGGCACGGCCCAGCGCCAGCAGCGCUCUUGGCGGACUGGCAGGGACGGCCACGCCGACGUCGGCGAGCGGCCGCGACUUUGAGGCGGUGCAGCGGCUGCGGGCGGCCAACGAGGCGGCGGCGCGCGAGGACUCGGAGAAGCUGGGGCUGCUGGACCAGGUGGACGCGCGCGUGGCGGCGUGGCGCGACGGCAAAAAGGACAAUCUGCGGGCCCUGCUGGGCAGUCUGGAGCGGGUGCUGUGGGAGGGCAGCGGGUGGAAGCCGGUGGGCCUGCACGAGCUGGUGAUGCCGAACAAGGUCAAGAUUAUCUACAUGCGGGCGAUUGGCAAGACGCACCCGGACAAGUUGCCGCAGGACGCGUCGACGGAGAUUCGGAUGAUUGCGGGGACGGUGUUUGCGACGCUCAACGAGGCCUGGGACAAGUUCAAGGCGGACAACAAGAUGUAA